AUGUAUGUUUACGAUGCCUAUAUGUUUGUGGUCGGUAAUAGAGAUCUCUUUGCAGGCUUUGUUAGUGAUCCCAGCUAUUUGGCUGAAGGAUGCUCCAUGCAGGAGAUUGCUUGGGGCUAUAGACUUGGAAAGGCCACUGUCCAUAUAAUUAUUAAAGAAACUUGUGGUGUAUUGUGGGAAAAAUUACAGCCUUUAGAACUACCCAAUCCCACAAAAAAAAAGACACCAACCACAGCUGCCGACUGGCUAAAUAUAGCAAAAGACUUCGAAAGCACAUGCAACAUCCCUAACGUUAUUGGUGCCAUGGAUGGCAAGCACAUUGUUUUUAGAGCUCCAAAAAUUGAUGGUUCAAUGUGGGGAGUUAAUGGGAGAGUUUCCGAUGGUGGAGUAUAUUGUCAGUCGACAUUAGCAAAAGCUAUAGCACAAAACUAUUUAAAUAUUCCGGAGGAUAGAUGUCUACCUGGAAGAAAUAAAUUAGUUCCACAUGUUAUUUUGGCUGAUGCAGCUUUUCCCCUUGGUGAACACAUUAUGAAGCCCUAUCCAUUCAGAAAUUUGACUAAUGAACAGAAGAUAUAUAAUUACAGACUGAGUCGUGGUAGGCGAGUAGUGGAAAAUGCUUUCGGAAUUUUGGCCAACCGUUUUAGAAUAUCUUUAACAACCAUAAAUUUAAGUGCUCAAAAAGUUCAAAUUAUAACUUUGGCAGCGCGUGUUCUUCACAGUUCUUUGAGUGCCGAAAACCUAUACAUGGUAAAUGACGAUGGAGAGAUUGAUGAUUCUUAUGUUUUUAAAUAUGGUUUAUCUCAACAAAGCGGUAACAGAGCUAAAGACUGA